GUGAAACUCAAAAGCAGGCACAUGAAGGAAGGACACAGAAGCCAAAGUGGUCGAGGUUGAAGAAAAAAAAGGCCCUGAGACAUUUUUGAUUCAGCCCAUUUUCUCAUAUCUGGACAAAUCAUCCUGGCAGGCUUUCAACACUCGGAUCAGAUGGUGCUUCAUCGCUCCUGAUGUUCAAUACUCACUGUCAGCCUGUCACACCGUUAGCUUUUUAUUUUUAAACCAGCAGUUGAACGGCAUUUCCUCUAUAAUAGUCUUGAUGAGGCUAUUAGUGCUGUUUCUAUUCCACGUGUCUCUGGCUGGGUCUCAGCCCACCCAGAGUUCACAACAGGCGCCAGGCCCUCCUCACCCAGCAGGGGACCAGUCUUCUUUGGGUUCUGGUAAUCUGUCCUUCCCAUGGAGCCGUCUUCGCCUGCCAAGGUACAUCAUUCCUCUUCACUACCGCCUCCUCCUGCACCCAAACCUCACAAGCCUCAGUUUCACUGGCUCAGUGCAGAUCCAGAUUGAUGUCCAGAACAAUACAAACUGGGUUGUAUUGCACAGCAAGGGUCUACAGAUCUCCAAGGCCACCAUAUUGGACCAGAACCUCGCUCAUCUGUCUGACCAGGUUCUUCCAGUUCUACAUAACCCCUUCCACGAGCAGAUUGGUAUUUUCUCUCCCAGGGUGCUCAGCAGUGGACAAAAGUAUUUUCUGUAUAUUGAGUUCGGGGCAGAACUUGCAGAAGGCUUCUAUGGCUUCUAUAAGAGCACAUACAGAACCAGCGCAGGAGAGACCAGAACCUUAGCUUCGACUCACUUUGAGCCCACGAGUGCUCGAAUGGCAUUCCCUUGUUUCGAUGAGCCAAGCUUCAAAGCCAACUUCUCCAUACGGAUCCGAAGGAGUCCAGAGUACAUUUCUCUGUCCAACAUGCCUGUGGUCAAGACAGUUCAAGUUAACGAUGAGCUCCUGGAGGACCGGUUUGAUGCAAGUGUGAAGAUGAGCACGUACCUGGUAGCUUUUGUCAUCUGUGACUUCAAAUCUGUCACUGCAACAACUUCGUCUGGGGUGCAGGUGUCCAUCUACGCCGCCCCUGAGAAGUGGCUGCAAACCCGUUAUGCUCUGGAGGUUGCUGUCAAAAUGCUUGACUUCUAUGAGGAGUAUUUCAAUAUCCACUAUCCCCUACCCAAACAAGAUCUGAUAGCCAUCCCGGACUUCCAGUCUGGUGCAAUGGAAAACUGGGGCCUGACCACCUACAGAGAGACCAGCCUUCUCUUUGAUCCCCUCACAUCCUCCAUUUCUGAUGAGCUCUGGGUUACUAUGGUGAUCGGCCAUGAGCUCGCCCAUCAGUGGUUUGGUAACUUGGUGACCAUGGAGUGGUGGAACGAUAUCUGGCUGAAUGAAGGAUUUGCCAGAUACAUGGAGUACAUUUCAGUCGAGGCCACCUACCCCAACCUCAAAGUGGAGGAAUAUCUACUGCACACCUGUUUUGCAGCAGUUGGUCAUGAUUCAUUGAACUCCUCUCGGCCAAUAUCCAGCCCAGCAGAGAGCCCCACCCAGAUCAAACAGAUGUUUGACACGGUCUCCUAUGACAAAGGAGCAUGUGUCCUGCACAUGCUGCGACACUUUCUGACAGAUCACGUGUUCCAGAGUGGGAUAGUACGCUACCUUCGCAAGUACAGCUACAGAAAUGCGCACAACCAGGACCUGUGGGACAGUCUAUCAAAUACAUGCUCAGAGGAGGACUUCAUCUUGGGAAAACACUGUUACAGCAGCAACCAGGCCACCAAGAACGCAUACCUGUUUGCAGGGGAACACCUGGACCUGACAGCCAUGAUGAACACUUGGACUCUGCAGAAGGGUAUUCCUCUGGUAACUGUAACGAGGAAGGGGCCUCAUCUGCUGCUUAGACAGGACAGGUUUCUGAGGACAGUGCUGCCUUCCGACCCCCUCUGGUCCACAUUGCAACAGGGAUUCCUGUGGCAUAUCCCCCUGACGUACAAGACUGAUGCCUCCAACACCAUCCACAGACACCUGAUGACAACACAAACAGACAGUAUACAUAUAGGAGAGGAAGUCAGCUGGGUGAAAGUAAACACUGACAUGACCGGGUACUAUGUGGUUCAUUAUGAGGACGGUGGUUGGGACAAGAUGGCCAAACUACUUUUGGAAAACCACACUGCUCUGAGCUACAAAGACAGGACUCAGUUGAUACACAAUGCCUUUCAACUGGUCACGGCAGGUCAUCUGCCACUCAAUAAAGCCUUAGACCUGAUUGGUUACCUGCAGUUGGAGACACACACUGUGCCUCUCCUCCAAGGACUGGGCUACCUGGAGGCCUUUUACCGGAUUAUUGAGAAAAGGAAUGAGUUUGAUUUAACAAGGAACCUGGGGAUGUACAUCCUGCGAUUUUUCCGUGCUGUCAUUGACCAGCAGACGUGGAGUGACAGGGGCUCUGUGUCAGAGCGACGACUGAGGUCAGAGGUCCUGUCACUGGCUUGUCACCUGGAUGACCCUCCCUGUCUGGAGCGGGCACGUCAGAGCUUCAAAGACUGGCUUCAGUCCAACGGUACACUCAACUUGCCCACUGAUGUGGCAGAGACAGUGUAUUCAGUUGGUGCGCAGGAUGACCACAGCUGGGCCUCACUCUUGCACACAUACAACAUCUCCCUCUCUGCUGCACAAAAAAACAAAAUCCUGUUUGCCUUGACCUGCAGCAGAGACACAGACAAACUACAAAGACUGCUGGACUUGGGUUUGGAAGGCAAGGUGAUUCGAUCCCAGGACCUGUCUAGUCUCAUCCUGAUGGUGGCAAGGAACCCACUGGGACAUCACCUCGCCUGGAACUUUGUCAAAAAGAACUGGGACACACUGGUUGAAAAGUUCCAGUUGGGCUCAUUUUGUAUUAGGAACAUCAUCAUUGGUACCACAGGCCAGUUUUCAUCUCCAGAGGACCUCACUGAUGUGCAGUUGUUCUUUGAAUCCAUCAAAGAACAGGCGUCUCAGCUAAGAGCCACUCAGGUUGCCCUGGACAACGUGCAGAAAAAUGUUCGCUGGAUUCAGAGGAAUCUAGAGACCCUGAGAAAUUGGCUGAACGAGCAAAUGAAGUGACAGACGACAGAAAGAGAGGUGGCGGGUGAUAGAUACCACAGAGGGGAUAUUUGAAAGAUUUCUGAUGUGUUUUUAUUUGCAAUUUGUUAUGUGCUUGACAUCACUGGAGGGUUGAUAGUUUUGUAUAUGAAAAAGCGUUUUGUAAAUUUUCAGGGGACUUGUUUGUUAGACACAAAAAUUGAAUUGGUAGAACUGCCAAUUCAGAACUAGUCAUGUGAGUGAGGAGUCAUGUGUGUACUGUGAAUGAAUGUGUGUGUGCAUGUGAGUGAGAGAGAGAGAGAGAGAGAGAGAGAGAGAGAGAGAGAGAGAGAUCCAUUCCAAUGUGACACUCAAAUGCUGUGUAAAUGGAUUCUUAAAUUGACAAUUAAAGGGUUAAUUGUA